UCUCUCUCUCUCUCUCUCUCUUAUAUAUAUAUAUAUAUAUAUAUAUACACACAAGAGACCAUGAGAAAUAUACCAACUACUCUCUCUUUCUCUUACUGUGAAUAAGUUCUAUGGAGAAGGACACAUAGAGUAACAAGUACAGAAAAUAGCAAAAGUAGUAGCUUGGGUUCGAUGAUUAGUAGUAGUAGUAGUAGUCGUCGUACUGGUUUCAUGUUAUUAUUAGGUGUGAUAAUAUUAUUAGAGUUGAGUGGUGAGUCAUGGGCAGAAGACAGGCUUCUGGAUCCAGGGAAGUUGAAAAUGUUUGUGGAUGAGCUUCCAGACAUGCCCAAGAUCCGAGGUUUCCAUGUCUCUCAUGGUGCUCCCAAAUCUAAGUCUCUCAACAUCGGCAUGUUCAUGAAGAAAUGGAAAUUUCACCGGGACCUUCCACCGACUCCGGUAUUCGCUUACGGCGAGUCAAAGUCAAGAGCUACAGUUCCCGGUCCGACUAUUGAGGCCGUACAUGGAGUGGACACCUAUGUGACGUGGAAAAAUCAUCUCCCUUCAAAGCACAUACUCCCGUGGGACCCAUCCAUCCCCACAGCCAAGCCCCUCAACAAGAAGGGCGUCCCCACCGUGGUCCACCUCCACGGUGCCAUCGACGAGCCCAGUAGCGACGGCAACUCCAAUGCCUGGUUCACCAAUGGCUUCAAGGAGGUGGGUUCCACCUGGACCCAGCGGACCUACCGCUACCGCAACAUUCAUCACCCAGGGAAUCUCUGGUACCACGACCAUGCCAUGGGCUUGACCCGUGUCAAUCUUUUGGCCGGUCUAAUCGGGGCUUACAUUGUUCGCCACCCCGAAAUCGAGACCCCACUCGGCCUUCCUUCCGGUCCGGAGUUUGAUCGGACUUUGAUAGUUUUCGAUCGUAGCUUUCGCGAAGACGGUUCGAUUUACAUGAACUCAACCGGAAAUAACCCGUCCAUUCAUCCACAGUGGCAGCCCGAGUAUUUCGGGGACGCCAUAAUAGUCAACGGGAAAGCUUGGCCGAGAUUAACUGUACGACGUCGUCAGUACAGAUUUCGGAUUAUUAACACGAGUAAUGCUCGGUUCUUCCGGUUCUUUUUCUCUAACGGUCUCCGGUUCAUCCACGUCGGAUCUGAUUCGGCUUACCUCAGCAGACCGGUAAUGACCGAUGACAUUUUACUGGGGCCAUCUGAGAUCACUGAUGUAAUUGUUGACUUUUCAAAGUCAAACAGUAGUAGUGUUAUUUUAGCCAACGACGCACCGUAUCCUUACCCUUCUGGCGAUCCGGUCAACGAAUCCAAUAAUAAGGUUAUGAAGUUUGUCAUCAAAAGACAUCGAGAAGUUGACACGUGGCGAGUGCCUAAAAAGUUGAUCGAUUACCCGAAGCCGGAUUUAUCCAGUGCUACGCGCACACGGUACAUCGCUAUGUACGAGUACACUAGCGAAAUCGACGAGCCGGUUCAUCUUUAUCUGAAUGGGAAGCCGUACGAGGCGCCGGCUACGGAGACGCCCAAGGCAGGGACGGCUGAGAUUUGGGAGGUUAUCAAUCUAACGGAGGAUAAUCACCCGCUGCACAUUCACCUAGGAUUGUUUGUUGCGAUGGAGGAAAGGGAGUUGGUCGACUUGGAAACGUUCAAGAGCUGCAUGACUAAACAAAACGACGCCGUUAAGUGCCAGAUCAGCAAACAUGAACGUGGCAAAGUUUCAAAGGUGCAGCCUCACGAGAGUGGAUGGAAGAACGUGUACAAGAUGAGACCCGGGGUUGUUACGAAGAUUUUCGUGAGAUUUUCUUAUAUACACUCCAAUGCAUCGUACCCUUUCGAUGCAACCGCGGAACCUGGUUACGUGUACCAUUGCCACAUAUUGGAUCAUGAAGACAAUGCCAUGAUGAGGCCAUUAAAAAUCAUCAAAUGAGGAGCCUCCGUUGGUAGAAGUAGAGCUGAGAAAUUAACUCUUGUUACUGGGUUUUAAAUGUUACACACAAUCUUUUCAAACUUUUUAGGCCGUUUUAGCUUUAUUUACUAAUAAUGGAAAAGGCAAAUGUAAAUGAAGGGGAAAAAAAGGGUUUGGAGAAAGAAGGAAUAAAAUUAAGUUAUCUCAUAUUAAUAAUAUGUGAAUGAUCAAGAAUUCUAUGUAUAACUUAUACUACAUUUGUGUAAGUAAAAUGAAUAAAUAGGAAUGAGAAAUAAUUUCUUUA